GAAAUAAACUAUGAUAGCAGAGCAAAAUAAAAUACCAUAACUGUUGAAACCAGAGACAGAGAAAUAUUUUGUUGCUGCCAGUAUUGCAUCAGAGAACUCACAGGUCUUGCGCAAAUAAACUGAGUUGGGUUAAAAAGUACCUUGCACAUUCCCCUAAUUCUUGCUCUUUUCAGAUUGGUCUAUCAAACACAAAAAGCAUUAAAAAAAACAUGGCAAAGGGCUAAAGAAAAUAAUUGGUGUUUCCAAAGAGAGGAAAAAGAUAUUUGCAGAUCAUUGGAAUAUGUUGACAGCUGAAAGUGAAGAUUUUGUGGUACAGAGUAUUGCAAGCGUCCUGAAAUAAUAUGAAGAGCUGGCUGGUCUUUAUUAUUCCAUUUCUUCUUCUGACAUCUUGUCCUUCCCAAAAUGGCCUUCCAGCACCCUCACUUUGGAGGUCCCUGCCGAUUGACACCAGGCCAGAGGGUGCCAUCUCUUAUUGAUUUUACUGAUGCUAUUUUAAUUGAAGACUGCCGACCACCACCAAUAAGAGACCAUGAAGAACUUGCAGACAUUUCAGACAAAAAGUCCUAUUCACACGGGGAUGAAGUCAUUUACAAUUGCCAGCCUGGAUAUAUAAAAUUUGGGCGCAUAAAAUUGCGGUGUAACAAUGGAAAAUGGGUACAAUCCACACCACAUGUGCAAUGCAGAAAAAGGCCUUGUGGACAUCCUGGACAUAUCAAAUUUGGCUCUUUAGAACUUGUUAAUGGAGACGAAUUUGUCUUUGGUGCUCGUGUCGUGUAUCGGUGCAAUGAAGGGUUUCAUAUGCUCAGUCCUACAGACUACCGUGAUUGUCGUGCAGAUGGAUGGAGCAAUGAGGUCCCUCGUUGUGAAGCAAAGAACUGUGCCUAUGUCCGAAUAGAGAAUGGAUUCCUAGCUAGCAAGUAUGAACACUCUAAAAACGACUAUUUUCCAAGCAGCAUCGGACAAGUGAUUUCCUACAGUUGCCAUCCUGGUUUCCUGACCCCAAAUAAAGAAGAAUGGCCUAGAAUUACAUGCACCAAUUUUGGAUGGAACCCAGAACCGAAAUGCCUCAAACAAUGCGACCCUUCUAUACCCUUUGCACAUGGUAGAUUCAUUUUCCUAAAUCAGCAGACCUUCAGAGAGGGUGAAGAAGUUUCAUUUGCUUGUGAUGAGGGCUACGAUAAUCCAAACCCAGAAGGAACAGCCACGUGCACAAAAAAUGGCUGGUCACCUGCUCCACGCUGUGACACGAAAACAUUAUGUGAAGGUCUCCUGUUGGACCAUGGGGAUAUUCAGCCAAGAAAAGACCAGUAUCAACCCAACGAUGUUUUGCAAUUUUUCUGUCAUGAAGGAUUCACAAUAGUUGGUCCUGCUUCUGCCCAGUGUUAUCCCUUUGGCUGGUCUCCACUCCCUCCCCACUGUAAAGAACAAGUCAACCACUGUAAGCCACCAGCCAACAUUAGGAAUGGCAGUAUUGUUGAUGAUCUUCUAGAAGAAUACCAGCAUGGUGACCAAGUGGAAUAUGAGUGUAACAUCAAAUUUGUAAUGACUGGAUCAAAGAUAAUAGAGUGUGUUGAUGGAAAAUGGACACCUGUACCUUCUUGUACAGUAGAGGAAAAGAAAUGUGGUCCACCUCCCAGUAUUCCAAAUGGGCAUGCGGCUGGAACAGUCAGAGAAGAAUAUAUUCAAGGUGAGGAUGUGGAAUAUGAAUGUGAAGAAAACUUUGUCAUCGUUCAGACCAGCUUAGCCAAGUGUCUUCAUGGACUUUGGGAAUUACCUAGAUGUGCAGAUUUUUCAACAAAAUGUGCACGUCCAAAUAUACCUAAGAAUGCAACUUUUGCAUCAGCUGUUCCUCUGAAAAGUCAGUAUGACAACAAUGAUGUCCUCAGCUACAUCUGUGAUUCCAAGCUUCGUGAAGCUAAAUGUGUUGAGGGAGAAUGGUUACCCAAACCGGAAUGCAAAGACCUCUGCCCGCCUCCACCCCAGAUUCCUAAUGCCAUUGAUGUAGCUGAGCCGAGAACCUACGAAAGUGGUGAACAGAUACAUUUCCUGUGUGAGAAGCUUUUUGUGCUUCAAGGGCCACAGAACAUAUCUUGUGAGGAUGGCAAGUGGCAAUUGCCCCCGCGCUGUGUUGAUGUAUCAGUUGUCGCCAUGCAGCACAGCACAGACUCUCCCCUUGCUCCUGGAAGCCAGAGCAACCCCAUGCCUGCAACAACUGAUGGCAUUACUAGCAGAGACCUUUUCGAUUUCUUACACACUAUCCAUGCCACAGUAAAAUCACUCGAGAGACGCCUGAUUAUGCUUGAGCAGGAGCUGCAGGAGCUAAAAGGAGAGAGAAUGAAGACUAAGUAGCAAACCACCUGCAUUCUAGAAGCCAGUCGUGAAGAAUGGAAGGAGAACAUGAACAAGAACAUUAGAUCAUGGUCAUGUGGCACACUGUUACCUGUAUCCAUUUCUUUUACUUGGAAACCCACUGUGAAUUGUUUGCAAGGCACUUGAGGGCAAAGUCCCUUGCCCUUCUAGCAGGGCUAUUUUUCUAUCAUGAACACCUCCCUCGUUCUCUUAUAAUGGCAAUGGUGUCCACCUGAGAGGUAAACGAACUGAAAAAGCCCUGCUUUCUAGCAAUCCCAGUGCCACAUCCCCACAUGCUACAGUCCCCAGUGAGGUGCCCAGAUGCUGCUUCAACGUCCUGGAGUCAUUUUCAGUUGAUGCAGCCUAAUGACAUAGACAGGGUCCUCAUGGAGAUGGAGAUAGCAACAUGUCUGCUCAAACCCAAUUGCUCAUGGCUUACUAAAGCUUGCUGAGAGGGCAUGACUGAGCCCGUAUUUUUACAUGGUUCCGCUCUUAACUGCCUGGUUGCUACCAGAAUGUAGUACUAGGAGACGGUUGCGUUGUUCUGUGGCUUUUAAGCUGUGAGGUCCUGUAAGAAUCCAUUCUAUGACAGUCAACAUCAAUAUGAGACUGCAGGGAGGUACCACCUAGGAUUUUGGUGCCUUGUCUCAUCAGUAUGCAGAAUCCAGAUAACUCUCAUAUUCCAUCCCACCAGAAUCGAGAGAGGUUGGGAAGGUGUUUGACUGAUGGGCAGGAUGGGUGCCAAUAGUAGGGUAGCCAUAUGUCCUCUUUUUCUAGGACACACCCUCUUUUUCAUGAUGGGAAUCUCCAGAGAGAUCCAUAGUUAAAUGUGUCCUCCUUUUUUUGCUCUUCAAAAUAUGGCAACCCUAAAAUAAAGGAAAGCUUUAUUCUGAUAAGACAGAGGUGCUGAGGGUGGUGCUUCGUUGUCCAGGAAGGAGUCAUGCAGCUUGUUCUGCCUUCCUUCUUUCACUCUUAAAUACCCUGCAAGCUUUACCACAACAGCGCAAUUGUACAGCCUCUCUGCUCAUUCAGAUUUGCGCCUUUUCCUGGCAUCUAGCAUAAAACAAUCUUACUGCAUAUAGCAUAUUAGUCCUCUUCGCUGCACUGGGAGCUUUUUAAUAUUGCUUAAUAAAAAGAAAGGCAGGAUCCAGAUCUAACUGUGGGCAUAUUAAUCUCCCUAUUCUGUUUCUUAUUUGAGACCAAAAUCCCUUUGCUUUGUUACGAAGCCGCUAUAAAUAAAGUUUCCAAUGUGCAUCGUUCCACAUUUCCAGCAUUUAUUAGCUAAGUUUCCAGUUGUCUUUUGAAUUCUUUCAGGGCCCAUAUACCACCUGGUCAUCA